UACAGCUCGGCUAUUUUGCAUAUGAUUAAUCUAUCUUAAGUAAAGGGACACACACCACAAGCUUUUAAGAUAAAUGAAACAGUAUAAGGCACCUUUGGACCGUUGCAUGACCACUUUUACAACAACAGCACUUUCCCUUCGAGACGCUGGUUUUGUUCCUCUGUUCUUCGUGGUUUUAACCCAGUUUGUCUUGCUAAUCGAAAUGCAGCCGAAAAAGCAACGUGUCCUGCUCAUCUUGCUGAUUCUGUCGUCCAGCAUGGCGCAGAUGCUGGAUCCCUCUGAGAUCGCUUUGGCAGUGGGAAUGGCUGUUGGCGCUGUUGGUGUCACAGGAAUUUUAUCGAGGAGCAUUUUCUGCUACGUCAAAGAGUGCUGCUCACCCGUUUGGAUAUCCUUCAAUAGAACAACUUUUUGUCUAAACUCUUCAGGGCUCGAGACGGAUCUGGACAACAAGCUGUUCGGACAGCACAUCGCGUCCCGCAUCAUCUUAAAAGCCGUGAACGGCUUCAUGAGCAACCCGAACCCGACGAAGCCCCUGGUGCUCUCACUCCACGGGUGGACCGGCACCGGGAAGAACUUAGUGAGCCAGCUCAUCGCCGAAAGCAUUUACAGCAAAGGAAUGAAAAGCGACUUCGUCCACUUGUACACAUCCACUUUUCACUUCCCACAUAGGCAUAUGUUUAAUAUCUACCAGUCUCAGUUGCAGCAGUGGGUCAGCGGCUAUGUGACCAACUGUGAGCACUCAUUGUUCAUCUUUGAUGAGAUGGAUAAGAUGCAGCCGGGCCUGAUUGACAGCAUUAAGCAGUACCUGGAAUACUAUGACAACCUGGAUGGGGUUUCUUAUAGGAAGUCCAUCUUCAUCUUCCUCAGCAACGCAGGAGGAGACAGCAUCACUAAGAAGGCUCUAGAAUUCCGUAAGGCGGGAAAAAGUCGAGAAAGGAUCACGCUCAAAGACCUGGAACAAACACUCUCGCUGUCUGUGUUCAAUGACCAAAAUGGGGGCUUCUUUCACACAAGUUUGAUCGACAAGAGUCUGGUGGACUACUUUGUUCCUUUCCUUCCUUUGGAGAAAACACACAUAGUCAAGUGCGCCAUGGCCGAGAUGAAAGCCAGAAACCUCAGACCGAACCGCGACGUGGCGGACAUGGUGGCCAGAGAUAUGAUCUAUUUCCCUAAACAUGAAGGAGUCUUCUCUUCCACAGGUUGCAAGACGGUACAGCACAAACUAAACUUCUACAGAUAGAUGUGUGCAUUUGAAGGGCAUGAGGAUGAGACACUAUGUGACGUGACGAAUGUGAACAAACUACAGGAAGUAGCCGCCUUACAUCUUUGUCUGUUUUUAUUGGAAGGAACUUUGCACUUCAGCAGCUCUUUGUUUACCUCAAUAAAUGACCAGAGCUGUUAAAUCUCAUGGCACGCUGCUAAAAAUUGUACAAGUGAACUUAAAUGUCAUAACAAGAUUUGUUUUUAAGAAACUCAGGAUUGUCAUCAACUCUGAUUGUCUAAAUGGAAACGGUCUUUGUGUUGAUGCUUCCCAAGCACUACAUCAUGUGAAAUAUGUCAGGUGAUUCUCAGAAACAGGUUUUUGUUAUGAAACAAAAUCAAGACCAUGAUAAUUGUUUUAAAGCAAUAAUAUAAUAUAUUAUAAUGUAUUUUUAUGAACAUGUACAAAGCAGAACACAUUGCAAUCAUAUAGGGUAAAUAUGGGAAUGUAUUAAUUUAGACUUUGACGUGAAGCAACUUCUGUAAUAAA